AACAGUUGUGGCUGUAUCAUAGAAUUAAAAACAUGUAUAGGCCUUUUAAAGGUACAUUUUUGAUGCGGUCAUAAAAGGGGCAUCUAGCACAACUAUAUUUGAUCACCACAUCCAUUUUUGUUUACUCUAUCUCUACUCUCUCUCAAAAAUGGGCAUCAAAGGAAAAUUGGAAGUUGAGGUUGAUAUAAAUUGUCAUGGUGAUAUUUUUCAUGAAAUUUUUAGCACAAGGCCUCACCAUGUCUCCGAUAUGUCUCCCUCAAAUAUUCAUGCUUGUGAUGUGCACGACGGUGAAUUUGGCAAGCCUGGCUCUAUCAUUAACUGGGACUAUACCCUCGACGGAAAAAAAUGCGUGGCAAAGGAGCUAGUGGAAGUAAUCGACGAAGAGAACAAGCUAGUGAGAUUCAAAAUCAUCGAAGGAGAUCUUCUAAACGAGUUUAAGACCUUCACUCUCACAGUCCAAGUGAUUCCAAUGGGUGACAUAACCGGAGUGAAAUGGAUUGCUGAGUUUGAGACAAUAGAUGAUAAAGGCCACUAUCCUACCAAGUUAAUCGACUUUUGCAUUGCAGUCUCUAGAGAUAUCGAGGCUCAUCACCUUAAAGAUGACAAGUGAUCGACUAGCUCCUACGUCGGAAGUAUUGAUCGAUUGCCUAGAGAGCAUCUAGCAAGUAACAACGUACAGCCGUGUGUUGUUAUCGUUGUUUGUAUACAAUAUGUUUACUUGUGUGAAAUGUACUUACAAUAUGAUGUGCUACAUCUAUUCAAAAAAAAAAAAAAGAUGAUGUGCUAGCAAAUAUCCUUUGUUGUUUAUCUUUUGUUGGGAUUACUUUUGUUGAUGUUUUUGUUGUUUCGAUUUGUGUUACAAUAUGGUGUGCAACACUUAUAAAAACUGUAUGAUUUGUGAGUUUAUAUGAUGAUAAGGAUAAUGUUACUUUGAAUAACAAAAAUUGUUGUAACGCGGAGUUAAA